GGUCAAAAGAACCUCUUUUCAUUUUGUAGGGCAGAAUUUUUUUCUUCACUGCAUGUGUUGUGUGAUAUCUUCUAUGAUUUGGCUUUGAAAGGGUGAAAGAAAGGUUCUAGACUUUGUAGCGUGAGGAAGAGCCAGAAUAGACUUGGAUUUAAAGGCUGUUAAAAUUUCUUAACUGACAAGAAUUUUUUACAACUAAUUUUGGGUAGUUGGUGUUAAGUUGUACAAGGCAGGGAGAGAGUUGAGGUUGAGGAAUUAGGUUUUAGGUUGAAAAAUCAAUGGAUGGUGGAGCUAGUUGUGAUUGAAUGGAAAAUACGCUUUGUAUAUAAUGAUGUAGGAUAACGGUCAGAAGUUUAAUAGCCAUCUACAACAUUUAAUUUGCAGUUAAGGCUUAGAAUGGUCUGUGGUUUUAAGGUUUUUGAAGACAGAAGGGAUGUAUUAUUGUGCUUAUAAAAAAGGGAUGUACUAUUGUAUCUAAACCACCAUUGGUUACUUUUAUGUUUAAGGCUGCUGUUCUUUUUAAUACAUGUUCAUGCAAUCGGGUGCUUCUAUGUUUAUAGGCUACUAUUAUCUUUUAAUGAUCAUAGAAAAGAAUGCAGCCUGUAGAAAUUUUGCAAUCUUGUGUCAAUGUGCACACAUGCAUGUUGUUUUUUUCUUUUAAAAUUAGGAACUUGUCAUUGUUUAUUUGAUAUUGAUGUAUACCAGGUGCGAGAGUUGGCUGAAAAGGAAUCUGAGGAUGGUAUUUUCAAAAUGCUUAGCAUUGAUGUUACGUGGUUCCUAACAACUAUACAUAUUGGCACAACUGUGGUAAACAUUGGAGCAACUGCACCUGUCACAAAAGCAGCAACGACGAUAUUUGGUGAAGCUGGUGUGAGUGCAGCUACUGGGGUGAUGACUGUUGCUGUUUUGCUCCUCACUGAAAUUACUCCAAAAAGUAUAGCUGUUCACAACGUCACUGAGGCUGCUAGGUUUGUGGUCAGGCAAGUGGCGUGGCUUUCCUUAAUAUUAUAUCCUGUUGGAAGAGUUGUUAGAAUGCUAAAAAUGCUUGGUCUGAAAGGAAGAAGGUACUAGUGAACCAUAUGUUACUGAGGAUGAACUGAAGUUGAUGUUGCGAGGAGCAGAAUUAAAUAACAUACUUGCGGCUUUCAUCAAAUAACUAAAGCGGUGUAGUGGAUCUAGAUAAGCUUCUAAAGCUUGAAAAUCUGAUCUGUCUUGAUCUCUCACAUAAUGGUUUCUCAUUGAGCAUCAACAACAGUGUCAACUCUACCUUGACCAACUUUGAAACUAUAAGAUUAGCUUCUUGCAACUUGAGCGAAUUUCAAAACUUCUUGAGAGAACAAGCCAGAUUGUGUUUUCGAGACCUUUCAAACAACAAAAUUCAUGGUGAAGUUCCAAAAUGGUUAUUCAAUAUGGGGAGAGAUUCAUUGCAUAAUUUAAAUCUUUCUCAUAAUUUUCUUACAAGUUUAGAGCGUCUUCCAUGGAAGAAUCUGGGAUAUAUUGACCUGCACUCCGACUUACUCCGAGGACCACUCCCUAUUCCACCUAAUACCACAUAUGUUUUCUUUAUCUCAAACAAUAAAUUGACAAGAGAAAUCCCUACAUUGAUUUGCAAUCUAAGUUCACUUGGAAUUCUUGAUCUGUCUAAUAACAAUUUGAGUGGGUUGAUUCCACAAUGUUUGGGAAACUCGAGCAACAGCCUCUCGGUGCUGAAUUUAGGGAUCAAUAGCUUUCGUGGCACAUUUACUGCAACAUUUACCAAAGGCAACGUGCUAAGGAAUCUUAAUUUGAAUGACAACCAAAUUGAAGGACAAGUUCCUCGAUCCUUGCUCAAUUGUAGACACUUGGAAGUUCUAGAUCUUGGAAAAAACAAGAUAAAUGAUACAUUCCCUCACUGGUUGGGAACUCUUUGAAACUUGCAGGUUCUUGUCUUGAGAUUUAAUAUGUUUCAUGGUCCCAUAGGCACCUUCAAGACUAAGGGCAAACAUCCUUUCCCCAAGUUGAGAAUUAUCGACAUAUCGUACAAUGAGUUCAUUGGGCUUUUGCCAACAAACUAUAUCAAACAAUUUGAAGCUAUGAUGAAUGCGGAUGAACAUGAAAUGAAAUUGAAAUACCUGGUUGAAUACUAUUAUCAAGAUUCUGUGGUGGUAAUGAUGAAAGGAUAUGAAAUUGAAUAUUUAAGAAUCUUAACGGUCUUCUCAAUCAUUGAUUUUUCAAGAAACAAAUUCCAAAGAGACAUUCCGAAAUCCAUUGGGAGGCUUAAUUCGCUUCGGGGUCUUAACUUAUCCCAUAACAACCUCAAAGGUCACAUCCUAACUUUACUUAGAAAUUUAACGAACCUUGAAUCAUUAAACCUUUCCUCAAACGAGCUUGUUGGGGAGAUUCCUCAACAAUUGACAAGUUUGAAGUUUCUUGCCGUACUAAACCUUUCGGAUAACCAACUAGCGGGACAAAUUCCUCAAGGGAGCCAAUUUAAUACGUU